CGCAUCUUUCUGCAAAAGUACGACCAGCCAAGCUUGUUUGACAACUCGCUUUACAUUUUUACUUUCUUUUUCUCUCUCUUUCUUUUUCCACCUCACCAAUCAGUUGCAUAGUUUACGUUUUUAAUUCGCUAGUUUCAGUCGAUCCGAUGCUCGGAUAAACCCUGGGGGGUCGAUAGGUCUCCACUUUUUUUAUGCGAUUUUUUUAUCACCGUAUUUAUCGCGCGAUCAUUUCACAGAAUAUUGUUUUUCCAAAUGAGCAGAAUUUAUUCUCUUUGUCGGAAUACGUUCAUGCUAAGAUUGAUACACGUUAAACGUAAAUGAAAAGUGGUUAAACCGAAUUGUUCGUUUCGCAAAAUUUGGAUUAUGUUUGGAAAAAGAUCUUCGAUGAGUUCGUACCGUAUGUAAUGUAUAUUUAUAAUAUAGAUUUAAAAAAUCUGGAUCAAUCUAUUUUUCAACUAAUUUUCAACCACGUCUAGAAGUUACUUGGAGGUCAACUCAUCUCUGUUUCUUCUUUCGUCACAUUUCAGAUUACUGCACACCUCUCGCAUUCUAAUUCCGAAUCAUUGGAGAGGAUAGAUGAAAAGAAAAAUCUGUUGCAAAUGAGGGAUCGCGUGAAUGCUCGUGAGUAGUGAAUCAAAGACGGGAUUUAUCGAUUGUACAAAUGGUCAGGACCAUCGUUCGAUAAUUCGCAAAUGGAUUCAGACUCUUGAGGGAUGUAACGGAAUCGUCAAGAGCAUUUCGUGGAUGUUUCGAAGCGUCGACGAAGGAAUUAUAGUGCAGACUACCCGAAUGCCGAUACUUCCGGAAUUGUUUAUGGAAACGAACAAGCUGAUUUACGGUAUAAAAAAAGGACACAAGAGGACAACGAUGAGUUUUGAAAACUCUGAAAAAUUCGUCAUCGUGUGUAAGUGCUUUUGGUAAUUGUGUGCCGAUUGGAUUGAGUCAGUGUUUAACCCGCCAAGGACCGACUAACAAGGAAAUUAGUUCUUCGAUUGUGAAGGUAAAACCGCUAGUGCGUAUACUGAAACGGUGUUGAAUCAAACGUAGGUUGUUACGUUAAUUAUUUUCGUCGUUUAACCUUCACUGCGUUCCGUUGCUCAAGGCAACGGAUAUCGUUCAGUGAAUAAAAUGACAACUACAGUCUUGGCUUGAGAGUGAAAACAUACCGAUUCACCGUCAAGUUCGGAAGUGACAAUCGCUGGGUUGAUACCUCAGGCUUGUGAGUAGUCGGUUAGUGUCUCUCCAGAGGUUCCGAUUCUCAGGAAUUAUGCACGCGGAAAGCGAUAGCAAUUUCUCAGUGUCUUUACUGUGACGUAACCGAAGAAAGUGUCUAUAACAAACCUGUUAUUAUCCGGACGAUCGUCAUCGCCCUUCCACGGAGACCAAAGCGCUCCAAGCGUCAUUAAACAAGGUGAAAAUUCGUCUACGGUGCCGGUGAAGCCGAGCAUUUCGAUACCGGAAGAAUUGAUCGACGUUUAAAUCGAUCGGUAUGAGUGGAAGAAGCCAGGUUAAAAGCGGACGCGUUUACGCCGUCCUUCUAAAGUAAGUGGAUGGGACUUUGGCCGACCUCCAGGUUACAAAAACUUUGCCGGAAAAACUAUUGGAAGCAGUUGGUGUGAUGAAAUCUUACCGAUCAUCGGUCGUCGCUGUUUGACCCUUAUCGAUAUCUGAUCGGGAAUCACGAUACCAGAAUGUCGUCGAACGGCGAAUUCUCGACGAUCUCCAGCGGCGAAGGAACAUCCUUGCCAAAGUCCCUGCCGAGCUCGCGCGAAGCGACGGCGGAGACGAACUCCGGUGGUUUUAUGCCCCUUCGGGAAUUCCUCGACAGAUUUUCCCUACCAAGGGUUGUGCGACUUGAGGGUACGGGUGGCAGACCUGUCCUCCUCUACAAGCAGCAGCCAAGGUCACUCAGGGUCACGGCGACUCUGCUGAUGCAUCGUUAUCGGCACGACGUCAAGGUGGGACCAGAAAUCGUCAUCCCCGAAGGCUAUCCCGGCUGGUUCUCCGUAGUGUCUGGCAGCAACUUGACCGGAACUGCGAGAGUCUAUCGAAGAGUUGAAACCCUCGUGAGAGCCGGAGUCCCAGCUUUCCUAUUGACUUCGCCCCUCAGAGCGUACACCCUGACGCAUUCGAAAAUGGAAAACGGUAACCUCCGAGCUCACUACACGAAAACGACGGUCCGUGCCGGCGAGGUCCUACGGCUGGUCGCGGUCUUCCAGGACACGAGGCGCUAUCCCCUGACCUUUGGGAUCAGCGGGGUUAAGGGAUCUUUGGAGAAGGAUCAGUACGCGCAAUGUCUAGACUCCCACGGAAGGGAAAUCUUCGCUCCUCUCUCUGCCAGAGGCGAAUUUUAUGCGACCUGCCCCAGCGGGAGCUCGGACACUGACUCUGACGCCAUACUCUACAAGGUGCACCAACUCGCUAAAAGGGAUCUGCCACUCAAGGUGAGACUAGUGGCUGGUCCUUUGCCAGUCCCUCUUCCCCGUGAGUACGCGGGCUUGAUGCAGCUUCAAACAGCUACCAGAGGCUCAAUUGUAUUGGGAUGUCUCGUACCAGAGAGACCAGUACACGAUCCAGAAAUGCUCGAACUGAUGGUUUCAGAGCCUGGAGCGCCACGAGUUAGACGCGCUCGUCUCGGUUAUCCUUCGGAGGCUCGGCUACUUGCAUCUCCAAAGAUGCAGAGAUUACUGACUGCCUGCUGGACGCUGGGUGACCGUGCCACGGAACCAAGAGUCGCACCGCAUACGUGGCAACCAAAGAUCACGCCAGAAAAGGAGCUUAACUUGAAGGAAAUUAAACCAAAGCCCGAAACAAAGCCAAUCCUGCGAAGUCUUCGCGAUGGUUUAGAGAAUCUGAAGAAGACAGCAAGUCGAGAACGAAGCCAAACAAGACAAACGGGGAACGGUGGUGGUUUCCUUGAAAAAAUCUCGAAGCUAACUCAAAGUAGCAAAAGCCGGAAUCCGGCGAAGAAGUCGGCUUCUUUCACGUUCGCCGUUCGACCGGAAGUCGCAAUGCGCUCGGGGGAGAAGUACGCGAGUCUUGAACCGGACGUGACGUCAGCCGGCAGCAACAGGGGUGCCAAACAACCAGUUCAGAGAUCGGUCUCGGCUGGUGUCCUGGACACACAUCAGGCUCACGUUGAGCUUGAGCCAAACUACGCCCGGGUUAGGGAUAGUCUGGUGCUUUCAUCUAGUCCGCCAAAUCUGACGAAGGCCAAGGCGGAAGACAUAUACGCGGAGAUAUGCGAGAAUGCCGCCGCUGAAAACGUGCCAAACUUAUCGGAUAAUCAUAUCGUCGCAAGAGUGAAAAUCAUCGUGCGAAACGAUAGCGUUUAUCCCGAUGCUGACGAAAGAAGUGGCCAUAAUAAUUAUGUCAAUUUAAUACACACCUCCCAACAGAUCGAUUCAAUCAUCAACACCGACGUCGACGUGGUAUAUAACACGGUUUUAUGAACCUCGGGGUCGUUGAUGGAACGAAUCGUUGUUGCCGAUUGUGGCAAUAUCGUAUGUUGCGAGGAAAAAGCUUGGCGUGCUAGACAUUUGUAUUAUAGUUGUCGAUAUAGACAGAUGUAAAUUCGUAGAUUAUUUCUAAUUAUAUACAUACGUGUAAAUAUAUUCAAAUACAUGACACAUGCAUCUGUUUUGAAACAAUAUACG